AUGGUGGCUCGUGUGGUUAGGACGCUGAGACAAAUGACCAUUGAGAGGUUAAUAGCUCAGGAGUUCAAAACCCAGCUCCCUGCAAAAUUGGUUGAUUUGGCAGCGAUGAACCUGACAGGGAUGGUGAACAGCAUGCUAAACACCGCUCUCAGAGGAACUAAAGAAUUCUUCUCCUUGCUGAGUAUUGUAUCUUAUAGUUCGUAUGCCUUCCAAAAGGUUUCCAUUGUCCUGUACAACAUAUCCAGCUUAAGGAACAUAGACCCUACCAAGUUCUCCACACGACACUGCUAUUGCUUAAACAACAGGACUAACGACUUAACAGAUUUUACAGCAUUGCUGGUGGACAUUGUGGGAAACUCCACUAGUUAUCUUACUGAGAUUUUCAAGUCGACUUCCAUUGUGUCAGUGAGCCAGAGCAAUGAUACAGACUGCAUCUACAUUUGUGUCAUAUCAGGACGAAUAGGCAGAAAUCUUACCAAUCUAUGGGAAGCAAUAGAGAAAUCUCCUAUAGUCAACUACACUUUUUCCGGUAACAUAUCAGACUUCUUGGAAUGCACACAGGUCAUCAAAAAAGGCAAUUUUGUGACUGUGUCACCCCUCAUGGUUCAAAAGCUGAAUCCUUGCGUGAUGGAGUUGUGCAAGUUUUAUCAACGGUGCUUCUGUACCAGAGACCGGAGUUACUCAAGGGAUCACACUAUGAGGUACUGCAUUCAAAACUAUCCAUGGUUCUUUAAAAAUGCAGCAUUUAUUUGUGAAAAGGUCAAGAGAUCGACUUAUUCUAAGACAUUGAAACAGAAGUGCCUUAAAUAUAUUUGUAAAUCCAUCUGA